AUGCGGACUUCCUGUCACGUGAAUCUUGCACGAAAUGAUAAAAACGGAAGUAAAACAGCUGGCAGCUUAUUUACAUUUCUUCCUUUCUUUCUUUCUUGCUUUCACCUUUUUCUUUCUUUCUUUCUUUCUUUCUUUCUUUCUUUCUUUCUUCACUUUUUCUUGUCUUCUUUUUCUGCUGACAUUCAUAUUCUGUUUCUUUCUUUAUAUCCUCUCGAAUAUAUUUCUCUAAUCAUACAUUUAUCUCCCGAUUCAAAACUAUUUUCCUUCUUUCCUGCCCUUCCUCCGUUCCAAUGCUUUUCACUUUCCAUCCAGUCGCAUCUUCCUUCUCUUCUCAUUAAACAGAUCAGCCAUUUUUUUUUUUGCCUUUGGGCAGCUUCUGCCAUUAAUCUCUACCGGACUGGCUGGAUUGAUGUCACCAUUUGCCGGACUCGUUCAGUUGCAUUUACAGCCACUUCAAACCAGACUGUGACUGGUGACCAUUGGCCGUAUUCUUCGUUCGCCAACACCUGUUCGAAGAGAAUAUACAAUAGAUAUCAAAAGCAGAAAGGCAAUUCUUGA